UGAAACUUCCGGCUUUAAACGGACGCUGAUUGUUUUGAUCGCUGGCUUCACUGCGCUGUUUUCACGUGUUCACACAUCAGUGAGGUGAAGCGAAUUGGAAUAAUGUCACAUUCAGACGGAAUCGUUAAAGCGAAAACGAGGCGAUCCAAACGCUUUCUGCAGAGCAGAGAAGCCAAACUAACAGAAGACCUCAAACAUGCGAUGAUCAUUAAAGGAGGAAACACGAGUGAGAUCGUCACACAAACUUUAAAAGAUGUGUAUGCUCUAAAGAAACCAAACGCAGUAAUGUAUAAGAAGAAAAACAUAGUAAGGCCAUUUGAAGACUCAACAGCAUUGGAAUUCUUCUCAAAGAAAUCCGAUUGCUCCUUGUUUCUGUUUGGGUCACACAACAAGAAGCGACCUCAUAAUCUCAUAUUUGGUCGCAUGUUUGAUUUUCAUGUGCUGGACAUGUUUGAGCUCGGCAUUGAAAAGUUUGUCGCUCUCAAAGAUAUAAAGAUAAACAAGUGUCCUGAGGGCACAAAGCCAAUGCUGGUGUUUACAGGUGAACUGUUUGACACAGAUAAUGAACAUAAGAGAUUAAAGAAUCUUCUAACAGAUUUUUUCUGUGGUCCCAAAGUAAAAGCCGUGCGCCUGGCAGGACUCGAACAUGUGCUGCAUUUCACUGCGCUGGACGGCAAGAUUUACAUGCGCAGCUACAAAGUCUUGUUGAAGAAAUCUGGCUGUCGGACACCCAGGAUUGAACUGGAGGAAAUGGGACCUUCAUUUGAUUUUGCCAUGAGGAGAUGUCACAUAGCUUCAGAUGACCUGUACAGAUCUGCACACAAACAGCCUAAAGGCCUGAAGCCCAAGAAAAAGAAGAACAUAUCCCAUGAUGCCUUUGGCACCAGAUUAGGCCGUUUACACAUGCAGAAGCAGAACUUGGACAAACUGCAGACGCGCAAGAUGAAGGGCUUGAAGAAGAGGAGAGGAGACGUCAAGACCGAUGCCACAUCAGCCAAAAAACCCAAAACUGAUGAAUAACGUGACACUGUUGCAUUAUGGGACUGUGUGUCAGAUUUAAAAUCCCAAACGGGCUUUAAUGCAAAAGAAAGAGGAAGAUGUGGAUGGCCUUUCUAUUCAACAUACAUCUCUAUCAGUGACAGGAUAUUUACAUGGAGGAAGACUGAACCUGGGGUUUAUACAUUAAAACAGAUUUACAUUGAUAAAAAGCUUACACUUGAGUUGUGAUUGUAAUAAACUCAUGUUUGUGCAGUUUCUUUUUUGAAUAAACUGCUGUUUAAUAAAUGUUGCACAGUGA